AUCCUGUUUAGUCAUGGUUGAUGAUCUUUUUGCUUUUAUGCUGCAGCAAAUGGAUCUUAGAAUUGAAGCAGUUUGGAUUUGUAAUCUUUUUUGCCCUUUUAGCACAAUGACUAUAGUAAAAUUAUCUAACUCUUUUGAAUAUUAUUACUUUUGUUUGUAGUCUAAUGGCUCUCCCUGUCCCUUAAAUUUUAGAUAAAAUUAUCUCAACGUUUCCUACUCCUACAUAAUUUUAUAGCUAUUGGAAAUCUAGAGUCCUCUACUAGAUUAUCUAGAGUUUUUUUCUCAUGACCAUUUCUGCUUUUGAACCUUUGCUUUCACCAUUGCUACUUCUGUUUCUAGUCUCUUUAACCCAGAUAUGACAUUAAGUUCUUUUUUUUUUUUUUUUUUUGUGAAAAAGCUUUUUUAUUCUAAAUCAAAUUAGUUCACCAAUCUAAUCAUAACAAUGCUCAACAUUUCCCAUUUUGGCAAUUUCUGUCACUCUCAAUUUUUGGUAAAUCUGCCCUGUGUUCCCAACAUCAUCGCACCCAUGGCCCUCAGCAACCAUUCCAGAAAACAAAGAUGAUCUAAUUAUACUACCUGUUCUUAAUUUCAUCUAGUAAGUUUAAAAUUCUUUCUCUACUAAGAAUCAUUAAUAAAGUGUCCAUGCUUCUUUAUGAAAGGCUUGAUAUCAUACAAUGCUCCUGUUUGUUUGAAAGCAAGAACAGUUUUCCACUCUAGUCUUCAUCAUAUAACUGUUAAAGGGGGAAAAAAGAAGGAAGAUCCAUAUUUCUUGUUUUUGUUUUCUUUUUCCCCAAACCCUGAAUUUCUUCUCAAUCUAUAAUGAACGAAACACAAAAUCCACAUUUCUUAGUGGAACUAUUUUUCUUAUUUGAGGUUUUUUUUUCAGAUCCUGAAUUUCUUCUAAAUCUACAAUGAAACAACCAGUGGAUUGACAACAUUGGUUCUGAGAUAGACUCACUCGGUAACAAGAAAGUCCAAUUCCAACUGGGGAAAUUUACCUGAGUCCCAGCCUUUUCAGUUUAACAUUACACCUACCACCUAGGAAAAUAAAUCCAAGUACCCAUCUGGGUUGAGAAAAGAGUUACUUGUGACUUUAUAAAAAAUGGAACUAUGUAAUGUAAAAUUCCAAAAAAGUCAAAUGGUGCUACAUAAGACAUUUUUCUUUUUCUUAGGAAAAAAGAGUUAUAUGGAAACUUCUCAUUAUCUUUUUCUUCUCUUCUAUGUCCAAAGUUCAAAGCAGGUCAUACUAUAGGGUCCAUCUCACCUUCUUAUCUAAAAAACUACUCGUGCUACUUUUCUUCCAGUUUUGGCCACACGGAAAACUAACUCUACUGUGCUAUAUGACUCCAGAAAACAGGAUGAAUAAAACUGUAAUACAGCAGCCUCUCAUCUUAGGAUGGUGAACAGCGUUCCAUCAUGGACUCAAACUGGGUUGUUCGCUUUUACCAUUCUUUUAACUAAAUGAAAUUAAUUGUUAAAGCCAAUAUGGCCACAGGAGGAGGUCCUUUUGAAGAAGGAAUGAAUGAUCAGGAUUUACCGAACUGGAGCAAUGAAAGUGUUGAUGACCGACUCAACAAUAUGGAUUGGGGUGGCCAGCAGAAGAAGGCAAAUAGAUCAUCAGAAAAGAAUAAGAAAAAGUUUGGUGUAGAAAGCGAUAAAAGGGUAACUAAUGAGAUUUCUCCGGAGUCAUCACCAGGAGUUGGAAGGCGAAGAACAAAGACUCCACAUACGUUUCCACAUAGUAGAUAUAUGACUCAGAUGUCUGUUCCAGAGCAGGCAGAAUUAGAGAAACUUAAACAACGGAUAAACUUCAGUGACUUAGAUCAGAGAAGCAUUGGAAGUGAUUCUCAAGGUAGAGCCACUGCAGCUAACAACAAACGGCAGCUUAGUGAAAACCGAAAGCCCUUCAACUUUUUGCCUAUGCAGAUUAACACUAACAAGAGCAAAGAUGUGGCUGCAAGUCUUCAAAAAAGAGAAGUGAUUGGAUCAACACAGUGUAAAGAAUUGUUUGCUACUGCUUUAAGUAAUGACCUUUUGCAAAACUGUCAAGUCUCUGAAGAAGAUGGUAGAGGAGAGCCUGCAAUGGAGAGCAGCCAGAUUGUAAGUAGACUUGUUCAAAUUCGUGACUAUAUUACUAAAGCUAGCUCCAUGCGAGAAGAUCUUGUGGAGAAAAAUGAAAGAUCUGCUAAUGUUGAACGCCUUACUCAUCUAAUAGAUCACCUUAAAGAACAAGAAAAGUCGUACAUGAAAUUUCUCCAAAAAAUUCUUGCUAGAGAAAAUGAGGAGGAGGAUGUUCGGACUGUAGACUCAGCUGUGGGAUCUGGUUCUGUAGCUGAGAGCACAUCGCUAAACAUAGAUGUGCAGUCUGAGGCUUCAGAUACCACGGAGGCAUCUUUUAGUCUGAGAAUUCGGCCGUGCAUUGAGGACAAACUAGGGAAUUCAGCCUCACGAGAACAGGUUUCAGACAUUGACGUUACUACAAGUCCAAAAGGGAAAGGUGACAGACCUCCUCAGAAUGACAGGGAACUGAGGCCUAAUAGGAAAUAUAGCCGAAAACGUGGAUUUCCCUCAAAGGCCAGAGAUCCUGAACAGGAGCCUAUGGAAGAGAUAGAAAAUUUGAAGAAACAGCAUGAUUUAUUAAAAAGGAUGUUACAACAGCAGGAGCAACUGCGAGCUCUGCAGGGACGACAAGCUGCUCUUCUAGCUCUGCAGCAUAAAGCAGAGCAAGCUAUUGCUGUGAUGGAUGAUUCUGAAAAGGUUGCAGGGACAACUCCUGGCCAUCAUACUGUACGAUGCAGACAGACAGCUCGCUCUCCUUUUCAUCAGAGAGUACCCUUAAGAGUUGGAGAAACUACAGGUAGCUUAUCUGGAGUCAGUAUAACAUCUGAACUAAAUGAAGAAUUAAAUGAUUUAAUUCAGCGUUUUCAUAAUCAGCUUCGUGAUUCUCAGCCUCCAGCUGUUCCAGACAAUAGAAGACAGGCAGAAAGUCUUUCUUUAACUAGGGAGGUUUCCCAGAGCAGGAAUCCAUCAAUUUCAGAUCAUUUGCCUGAUGAGAAAGUUCAACUUUUUAGCAAAAUGAGAGUGCUGCAGGAAAAGAAACAAAAAAUGGACAAGUUACUUGGAGAACUUCAUACACUUCGAGAUCAGCAUCUGAACAAUUCAUCAUUUGUGCCUUCUUCAGCCUCUCCACAGAGAAGUGGAGAUCAGAGAAGUACAGUUUCAGCCCCCUCUGUUCCUGUAGGCUUGGUACCAGUUGUCAAUGGAGAGUCCAACAGCAGCCUUGUAUCAUCUGUUUCUUAUCCUGCCACUUCUCUAGGUCCUCAGAAUGAGAAUGAAAAUGAAGGCCAUCUGAACCCAACUGAAAAACUACAGAAGUUAAAUGAAGUUCGAAAGAGAUUGAAUGAAUUAAGAGAAUUAGUCCAUUAUUAUGAACAAACAUCAGAUAUGAUGACAGAUGCUGUAAAUGAAAACACAAAAGAUGAAGAAACUGAAGAGUCAGAAUACGAUUCUGAGCAUGAAAAUUCUGAACCUGUUACUAACAUUCGAAAUCCACAAGUAGCUGCUACCUGGAAUGAAGUAAAUAGUAAUAGUAAUACACAGUGUGUUUCUAAUAAUAGAGAUGGGAGAUCAGUGAAUUCUAAUUGUGAAAUUAACAACAGAUCUGCUGCCAACAUUAGAGCUCUAAACAUGCCUCCUUUAGAUUGUCGAUACAAUAGAGAAGGAGAACAGGGAAUGCAUGUAACUCAAGGUGAAGAUGAUGAGGAAGAGGAGGAAGAAGCAGAAGAGGAGGGGGUCAGUGGAGCUUCAUUGUCUAGUCAUAGAAGCAGUCUGGUUGAUGAGGCUCCAGAAGAUACAGAAUUUGAACAGAAGAUUAAUAGACUUAUGGCUGCAAAACAGAAACUUAGACAGCUACAAGAUCUUGUUGCUAUGGUGCAGGAUGAUGAUGCAGCUCAAGGGGUUACUUCUGCCAAUACAUCAAAUUUGGAUGACUUCUACCCAGCAGAAGAAGACACUAAACAAAAUUCAAAUAAUACUAGAGGAAAUGCUAACAAAACACAGAAAGAUACUGGUGGAAACGAAAAGGCAAGAGAGAAAUUUUAUGAGGCUAAACUACAGCAACAACAGCGAGAGCUAAAACAAUUGCAGGAAGAAAGAAAGAAACUGAUUGAGAUUCAAGAGAAAAUUCAAGCUUUGCAAAAGGCAUGUCCUGACCUGCAGCUGUCAGCCACUACUGUGGGUAAUUGUCCCACAAAAAAAUACAUACCAGCUGUUACUUCAACCCCAACCACUAAUGAAAAUGAGACCAAUACAAGCAAAUCUGUUUUUGAACCUGAAGAUUCUUCAGUAGUAGAUAAUGAGUUGUGGUCAGACAUGCGAAGACAUGAAAUAUUAAGGGAAGAGCUUCGACAGAGAAGAAAGCAGCUUGAAGCUCUAAUGGCUGAACAUCAGAGGAGACAAGGUCUAGCUGAAACUACGUCUCCAUUGGCCGUGUCAUUGAGAAGUGAUGGAUCUGAGAACCUGUGUACUCCUCAACAAAGUAGAACAGAAAAAACAAUGGCAACUUGGGGAGGUUCUACUCAGUGUGCCUUAGAUGAAGAAGGAGAUGAAGAUGGUUACCUUUCUGAAGGAAUUGUUCGGACAGAUGAAGAAGAGGAAGAAGAGCAAGAUGCCAGUUCUAAUGAUAAUUUUUCUAUGUAUCCUCCUAAUAGUGUGAAUCACAAUUCCUAUAAUGCAAAGGAAUCUAAAAAUAGGUGGAAGAACAAUCGCCCUUUUUCGGCAGAUGGAAAUUAUCGCCCAUUAGCCAAGACAAGACAACAACAGAAUAUCAGCAUGCAACGGCAAGAAAACCUUCGGUGGGUAUCAGAGCUCUCUUAUGUAGAAGAGAAAGAACAAUGGCAAGAACAAAUUAACCAGCUUAAGAAACAACUUGACUUCAGUGUCAAUAUUUGUCAGACUUUGAUGCAAGACCAGCAGACUCUGUCUUGUCUGCUGCAAACUCUUCUCACAGGUCCUUACAGUGUUAUGCCAAGCAAUGUUGCAUCUCCUCAGGUACACCUCAUAAUGCACCAGUUGAACCAGUGCUACACACAGCUAACAUGGCAACAGAAUAAUGUUCAGAGGUUGAAACAAAUGCUGAAUGAACUUAUGCGCCAACAAAAUCAGCAUCCAGAAAAAUCUGGAAGCAAGGAAAGAGGAAGUAGUGCGUCACACCCUUCAUCUCCCAGUUUAUUUUGUCCUUUCAGCUUUCCAACACAACCUGUAAAUCUAUUUAAUCUGCCUGGAUUUACUAAUUUUUCAUCAUUUGCACCAGGUAUGAAUUUCAGCCCUUUAUUUCCUUCUAAUUUUGGAGAUUUGUCUCAGAAUAUUUCUACAUCCACUGAACAGCAGCAACCUUUAGCCCAGAAUUCUUCAGGGAAAACAGAAUAUAUGGCUUUCCCAAAACCUUUUGAAAGCAGUUCCUCUAUUGGAGCAGAAAAGCAGAGGAAUCAGAAACAGCCUGAAGAGGAGGUAGAAAACAUUAGGACGCCAUGGUCGUAUGACCAAGAAGGAGAAAUAGGAAAACCAUUUAUCAAGACUGGAUUUGCAGUGUCUGUAGAGAAAACUACAAAUAGUAACCGCAAAAAUCACUUAGAUACAAGCAGGAGAAGACGCCAGUUUGAUGAAGAAUCAUUAGAAAGCUUUAGCAGUAUGCCUGACCCAGUAGAUCCAACAACAGUAACUAAAACAUUUAAGACAAGAAAAGCAUCUGCACAAGCCAGCCUGGCAUCUAAAGACAAAACACCCAAAUCGAAGAGUAAAAAGAGGAAUUCUACUCAGUUGAAAAGCAGAGUUAAAAAUAUUGGAUAUGAAAGUGCCAGUAUGUCUAGCACAUGUGAACCUUGCAAAAGUAGGAACAGACAUUCAGCUCAGACUGAAGAGCCUGUUCAAGCAAAAGUAUUCAGCAGAAAGAAUCAUGAACAGCUGGAAAAAAUAAUAAAAUAUAAUAGGUCUACAGAAAUAUCUUCAGCACAUGCUAGGAGAAUACUACAGCAAUCUAACAGAAAUGCAUGCAAUGAAGCGCCAGAAACUGGGAGUGAUUGUUCUAUGUUUGAAGCUUUGCGGGAUACUAUUUAUUCUGAAGUGGCUACUUUAAUAUCUCAAAAUGAAUCUCGCCCACAUUUUCUUAUUGAACUCUUCCAUGAGCUUCAACUACUUAAUACAGACUACUUAAGGCAGAGGGCUUUAUAUGCAUUGCAGGAUAUAGUAUCGAGACAUAUUUCUGAAAACCAUGAAAAAGAAGGGGAAAAUGUAAAGUCAGUGAACUCUGGUACUUGGAUAGCUUCAAACUCAGAGCUUACUCCCAGUGAAAGCCUUGCUACUACUGAUGAUGAAACUUUUGAGAAGAACUUUGAAAGAGAAACACAUAAAAUAAGUGAACAAAAUGAUGCUGAUAAUGUUAGUGUCAUGUCUGUAUCUUCAAAUUUUGAACCUUUUGCAACAGAUGAUCUUGGUAACACAGUGAUUCACUUAGAUCAGGCAUUAGCCAGAAUGAGAGAAUAUGAGCGUAUGAAGACUGAGGCCGAAAGUAACUCAAAUAUGAGAUGCACCUGCAGAGUUAUUGAGGAUGCAGAUGCUGCUUCCGCCACCACUGUAAUUAAUAAUUCAGAAGAGACUCCCAUUAUUGAAAAUCAUAGUUCACAACAACCUGUAAGUGAAGUUUCUAGCAUCCCGUGUCCUAGAAUUGAUACUCAGCAGCUGGAUCGACAGAUCAAAGCAAUUAUGAAAGAAGUCAUUCCUUUUUUGAAGGAGCACAUGGAUGAAAUAUGCUCUUCUCAGCUUCUUACUUCAGUAAGACGCAUGGUAUUGACCCUUACCCAGCAAAAUGAUGAGAGCAAGGAGUUUGUGAAGUUCUUUCAUAAGCAACUUGGAAGUAUAUUACAAGAUUCAUUGGCAAAAUUUGCGGGCAGAAAACUGAAGGACUGUGGAGAAGACCUUCUUGUGGAGAUAUCUGAAGUGUUGUUUAAUGAAUUGGCUUUCUUUAAACUCAUGCAAGAUUUGGAUAAUAAUAGUAUAACUGUUAAACAGAGAUGCAAAAGGAAAAUAGAAGCAGCUGGAGUGAUACAGUCUUAUGCCAAAGAGGCCAAAAGGAUUCUUGAAGGAGAUCAUGGCUCACCUGCUGGAGAGAUUGAUGAUGAAGACAAAGACAAGGAUGAGACUGAAACAGUUAAGCAGAUUCAGACACCUGAGGUAUAUGGUGCCGAAGGUCCCAAAAAUGUAAGAUCUGAUGUUUCUGAUCAAGAGGAAGAUGAAGAAAGUGAAGGAUGUCCAGUAUCUAUUAAUUUAUCUAAAGCGGAAACUCAAGCUUUAACUAAUUAUGGAAGUGGAGAAGAUGAGAAUGAGGAUGAAGAAAUAGAAGAAUUUGAAGAGAGCCCUGUAGAUGUCCAGACUUCACUUCAGGCUAACACUGAAACUAAUGAAGAAAUUGAACAGGACAGUCAGGUUCAACAACAUGACCUUGAAGAAACAGCUGAAAGCACAAAUGUUUCAUCAGAACAAGAACCCACUAGUAAAGAUGACCAAGAUAGCUCUCCUGUGAAACCUUGUUACCUCAAUAUCUUGGAAAAUGAACAACCUUUAAAUAGUGCUGCCCAUAAGGACUCGCUUACCACUAUUGAUUCAUCUAAACAACCUAACCCUUUGCCAUUACCUUUAACUGAAAUUGAAACCUUAGUGCCUAGAGUCAAAGAAGUUAAAUCUGCUCAGGAAACUCCUGAAAGCUCUCUCGCUGGAAGUCCUGAUACUGAAUCUCCAGUGUUAGUGAAUGACUAUGAAGCAGAAUCUGGUAACAUAAGUCAAAAGUCUGAUGAAGAAGAUUUUGUGAAAGUUGAGGAUUUACCACUUAAACUGACAAUAUAUUCAGAGGCAGAUCUAAGGAAGAAAAUGGUAGAAGAAGAACAGAAGAAUCAUUUAUCUGGUGAAAUAUGUGAAAUGCAGACUGAAGAAUUAGUUGGAAAUUCUCAGACACUAAAAGAACCUGAAAUAGUGGGAGCCCAGAGUGUAUGAGAUGUCUUCAGAGACUCAUCUAACUCUGUUUAUAAAGUCAUCGCAUAUAUGAAAAUGACCCUAAAUAAACAUUGUUAUGAUCUGUAUAAAAUGUAAAUUAGUUUGACACUGCAUUUUUGGUAGGUGUGCUAAUUUCUGCCCAUGGCAGUUUAAAACAUCAGAAACUGAAUUUUGGACAGAUUUAAGCCUUGGUAUAUACUGUGGCUGUUCUUUGUUUUUUGUUUUUUCUCUUUUAUGGUCUUGAUUUUCUUCUCAUUGUGAUGUUUGGUAACGUUAAAUUUAAAAUGUAGUUUUAAAUAAAGUUUGAACUUAUCUGUAAAAUAUUUUUUGGAAAUUAUGUUGAAUUCUCUACAGCAAAUUGCUGUUCUAGGUAAUAGGAGGCAAUUGAGAGAGAGCAAUGGCUCAGAAUUAGAGAAAUAUAUUAUUUAUAAAGCCCAGCCAUUGGGCCAGUCUUCCACAUACGCCAGUGUUUCUGCUAUUGGAUAUAGUUAAUAUUCUUUAAAUACCUGCAGGUCCUAUUCCUCUAUAUAAACAAAGCAGGACUAGGGCAGCAGGUCAGUCAUAAUAUGGUUCCCUAUCAUUCACAGAUCCUAGGUUUGAUCCCCAGCAACACACACACACACACACACACACACACACACACACACGAAGAAAAGGAAGGAAGAAUAGGACAGAUUAUAAAUGUAUCCAGGAUAUCUGUGAAAUUAUCAUAGAAUAUAUGUUAGUAAUCUAUUCAAAUUGCAUAAGUUUAGAAUAUAUGUGCUUACUACCUAGAACUUAAAUACUUAUCUAUUAGAUGAAUAUUUUCCAGAAUUGCAACUCCUAUCUAUAUUGCCUCAAUCUGGAUUUUAAAGUUAGUAUUUCUGCACAGUCAGUAAUCUUCUGGUUAAUUUUAAAUGAAAAACCAAAUAUUUUCAAGUAGGGAUACAUAAAACUAAAUUUAUGUAAUACAACAUUAAGAUUCUUGUCUUUUGAGAUAAUAAUUUAAGACAAAAAUCUAGUGGUUGAUUCUGUGUGUAGUAAGAAACAGGUUCACAGGUGAAGUAUUAAGAAAAUCUAUGUGACUUCUUUAUCACUAAGUAAGCCAAGUUUUAAAUGGUGAUUUAUUGUUUUAUCCCAUACUUGCCAUAGACACAGAGAUGUCAAAAGAUCCAGUUAAUCUUAUAGAUUCUUCCUUGAGUAAAAUAUGAAGAAUAUGAGGAAUUAAUUCUUUGUUCCAAGUAGUCUUUAAAUCAUUACCAGUGGUCUAAAAUACUUCAUAAUAAAAGAAUUAGCUUGGUAUUCCUUUAAAAUUCUUACUUGCUUGAUAUCUUAGUAUCAAAUUAAUCUGUAACAUCUAACAAAGGAACACUAAUUGAGAAUUUCCCUAUAAGGAAAUUUACUCUGUUUAUGUUUAAUUUGAAUUGUGUAAGACAUAUCUCCAAUUUUAUAAGACCUAUAUGGAAAACUAUCAGUUCAGAGUCAGGAUUCUUAUCCAGUUGUACUGACUUAAGGGCAAUUGGAACAAUAAAUUACUUUAUAUGUAUAUUCAGAUUCUGUAUUUUCUUGACUCUAAUCAGGAAAGGAGAAAAACUUCAUUUUGGUUCUCAAGCCAAGCCUUACAUAUUGCAGCUGUCUUUCUAUGUCUGCAUGCAUAUUAAGGACAGAGAGAGCAGAAGAACUUUCUGCUAUCACCGUGGUACCUGUGAACCUUAUCAAACUAUCUUUUGUUAUAGCUCCUAAUCAAUCGGGUGUUUUUUUUUUUUCUAUUUUAGUAGGUGUUUUAGUUUUUAAAUACCCAGGCUUGAGAGCAGAUAAGUUGUUUAUUGUUUUCCCUAGCAUACUAUUGGUAAAGGUUUAGGCAUUUAUUAUUCCUCUUUGUCUGAAAAUUUAAAUUAAAACUUUGGUUGGAGAUAGAGGGGGGAAAUGUCAAAUGAGUGUGAGAGAACCCUGUGCAGGUUGAAAUAAUGCCUAAAAUGAUGAGCUAGCCAGUCUGUGGAGAUACUCUUUGUAUUUUGUAACAUUCACUUUGGGUAAAUGCUUUUUCACUGUUAAUAAAUGUAAAUCCUACAUACAA